CAGAUGCCAUCGAGCACAUCGUGACCGUAAGUGGAGGUGCGCGCGUCGUCAGAGCUCCAGAAUGGAGUCUGUGAGUGAGCCAAAGAAGCGUCCGGCACCGAGUGGACGCUGGUUUAAUCCUCAGUUGCUGCAGCUCAAAGUGUCACUGUUUCUGAUCUUCGGUGCAACGUGCGCACUGCAACCGUACCUAACGAUCCACAUGCAAAGCAUCGGCCUGACGGUGGAGGAGGUCGCCUCGGUCUAUCUGACGCUACUGUUCACCUCCUGUCUCAGUCCACCGUUGACCGGGUUUUUGAUUGAUCGUUUUGGACGCUACAAACCGGUGCUACUGUCAGCGAUCGUACUGAACGCACUGUCCCAUCAUGCCAUCCACUUUAUUCCACCGCGGAACGAAACCGUUCUGCAGCAUAACUACUCCGUGGCGCUAUCGGUUGACCGAACGUUCCUUGUCGUGGAGCACCAGCAGCAGGAUGGAACCAAAGCAGUACGCUGCCCGGGAGAGUGGCCACUAAACGGCGCAUGCAGUACAGGAACGAGCACUUCCUACACCCUAACUCUGACACAAAACGGUACAACACUCGAAGCCGUCAGUGUCUGCGGUAGCUAUAGUGUGUCGGAGUGUGGCAGACGUACUCUAGAGACCGGUCCGGUGUUACUGCACGAGACGGAAUCACUGGGCACGGAAUACGACGGUACCUUCUGGGUAUAUCUGAUCGUACGCUUUGUCGCAACGCUGAUGCUCGGUUCCACACUGACCGUUACCGAUCCGAUCGCCCUCGACAUGAUCGAACAGCACGGUGGAGACUUUGGGCGCGAGAAACUGUACUCCAGCGUCGGGAUGGCCAUCUCGACGCCAUUCACGGGCCUCCUGAUCGAUCUGUACUCCCGGGGUAGCGAUCGGACCGUCUAUACGCCCGCCUUCUACACCUACGACGUGCUGCUGCUCUGUUCGCUCGUUUCCGUCUGGGCGAUGCCGAUCGGACGGAAACCACCGGCCGAACACAUUAUGGGCCACAUGGGACGACUCCUGCGCCUUCCGCACGUUCUCGCCUUUCUCGUGUUUCUCUUUCUUCUCGGUAACUUCUGGGGCUUCAUCGAGAGCUAUCUGUUUGUGAUAAUGAAAUCGAUGGGAUCACCCAACUAUCUGCUCGGACUGACGUACACCGUCGGUACGGUCGCGAGCAUUCCGAUGAUGUACCUGUUGUCGGCCAUUACGCGCCGCGUCGGUCACGUUAAUUUGCUCGUGUUGGCAUUCUUUGCACACGCCGUCCGUAUUCUCGGUUACUCCUGGAUCAGCAAUCCGUACUGGUGCUUCCCGAUCGAGCUGAACGAAGCGAUCUCGUGCUAUUUUAUGUGGGUCGUUGCCACGACCUACUGUGCGGUGCUGGCACCGAACGGGCUCGUCGCCACGCUGAUCGGUGUGGCCGGGAUGGUGCACUUCUGUCUGGGCAAAGGUAUCGGUGCCUUUGUGGGAGGGUUUUUGAUUGCACGCGUCGGUCUGCGGAUGGCGUUUCGGUACGUCGGUUACUUCGCGAUCGCGUGUGGUGUGCUGUAUAAGCUGGUACAUCUGGUGUGGUUAAGGCGGUUCGAUCAGCAGCAGCAGCCACCGAAGGAGAAGGUAGCGGAAGAGCUGGUUAAAAGGCGACCCUCGAUAUUGCCGCGUGCGGAUCAGUUCGGAAGUGCGCUAUCGUUCGGUUCGCAUCACGCAAGGACCCACAAAACUCACCCGGAAUCGCGGGACGUUGCUGCUGCUGGCAGUGAACCGGAACAGCAGCCACUCCAGAACGGAUAGACGGACCCGAGUGAGACCCGAGAUUUUGGGUUUUCCCUUAUAAACUUCUGCAGAUGUCGUCCCUAGUCUGCAGAUGUCCUCAGCAUGUUCGGAAUCUUCAUUGCUUCCGAGCCGUGGAGCGGAUUCUGUGCGGAUAAACCUAUCACAGUGUGCGCGUUCUGUGAUAAGCUAACAUAUGCUGCUGCUGCAGCUACCAGCAGGAGACUUCUAACUUAUGGCCUUCAUAUCCGGAUAAAAGGUCCCCCCCCCCCCCCUCUAUUAUUGCCAGCGCAGGUCACAAAAUAUAUAUUUUUAUGCUCUCGCAACCUUUUAUGGGAGAGUUUGGUUUCUCUUCUUCUUCGGUUUUUUUUUCAUUCAUUCGCCGGCACCUUCUGGAGUCGAUGCCCGGGACCACCUGCAGCAACGGUUCUACGGACAUUACGUUCUUCGAAAAAGUUAUUCGAUUCUUCGAGUGGUGCCCUGGUGCCCUGGUCCCUGGGUUUGAGGUUCGGUUCGAGAGGUUAAUAAUAAAGAACCUGGUGCUGCUGGUGGUGCUGCUGGUGGUCUCUCUAAUCAAGUUCACGACCAAACUUUGCAAUCAGAUACUUUAAACUUAAAUGAAACGGCCCCUCUCCGGGACAUCCAGUUUCCGAUCCUGCCAGCGUCCCGAUAAGAGCAGGAUCGAAGAGAAGCGACCACCG